CAGUUUGAUGGGAUCCGGUCAAUUUGACAAAGCCGCUAUCUUAAGUCACGAUUUCUCCGGCGUGGAGGCUUCCUCGCCGGGCUUUACGAUCUCCCAGGAAGAGAUCACCGGUCUGGCCGCUGCCUUCCGGGAUACCGGCUAUGCUAUGCAGCACGGGUUCCACAUUGGAGGAGAGAAGUUCCUCGCCAUCAAGGCUGACGAGCGCAGUCUGUACGGCAAGAAGGGCAAGGAGGGUGCCAUCGUUGUCAGGGCCGUCUCGUGCAUUAUGGUCGGUCACCACACUGAGGCCGUACAGACCACCAACGCUGCCGCUGCCAUCGAGAAGGUCGCCGAUUAUAUCAACGGCGCCUAAGAAAGAGGAAAAUCUUGUAUGUUGAAUUUAGUCCUGGGAUCAGACAAUAUGUCAGCUUCGAUUCUUGAAAUGUAAAUCACAAUGGUGGUGCUUUCUAAUUCUUUUAUCUUCUUCUUCUUCUUUUUCGUCUUCUUCUUUUCCGGCCUUUUCUCCUCUUGUUUAGUAUCACCCAUGCCACGUAGAUAUAUGCAACAUGUACUCUUAUAAUGCCUUGAAUGAAUCAGAUCAGAUACCUGGGGAAUGUGCUCUACAUGAUGAGUGCUUGUUCAGCCGUGUAUCUUUCUUGCUGCAAUAUGAGAGCAGCCUACACUUGUUUUCUGUUCUGUUCUUUCGGGUCCGAAC